CGCUGCCGUCGGCCAGGUCCACCACGUGGUCGUCGCCCGCCACCACGCGCGCGUCGUCCAGCUCGACGGCGCGCAGCGGCUGGCCGGGCGCGCUGAGCACCACGGCGUCGGUGCACAGCAGCACGGCGACGCGCGGCGCCGGCGGGCGGCCCGGCGCCUCCAUGGCCGCGUGCGUCUCGUGCACGACGCGGCGCAGGUCGUUGAGCAGCGGGAAGGCCGCGUCCGCCGCAUGCUCGGCCUGCGCCAGCCUGUGCGCCGACGCGAACGGCUGGCCGGACGCCAGGCAGCGGCGCGCGUACCACCUGCGCCGCAGCGCCUCCUCCCAGUACGCGGCCUCGCCGUCCUGCGCCGGGCCCUGCGCCGCAGCGGCCGAGCGCGCGGACCCGACGGACCCGACGGACCCGGCGCUCGGGCGGUGCAGCCGCGCGUACGGCAGCCCGGCGCCGGCCAUGCGCUCGUCCUCGCCGGAGCUGCUGCCGGACCCGCUGCUGCUCGGGUCGUCGAGCACGAUGCGGCCGCCGCGGAUCUCCACCGACUUCAUCGUGAGCGCGUCCGAGAGCUCGUCGCGCGUGGUGCGCGUGGCCUGCGACCGCGUGCGCUGGGGCGGCCUGCGCGCGCCGUUGAUCUGCGGCAUCGACGCGCGCGGCCGCACCGCGUGCGCUUGGCCCUGCUGGCCCUGCGGCGGCACCGGCGGCAGCCUGCCCGCCAUCAGCAUAAGCUGCCUCGCCAGCCGCGCCGACCCGGCCAGCGACGCGCCCGGGCCCGGGCCCCCGGCGCCGGCGCCGGCGCCAGCCCCCGGCGCGGAGCCGGCCGGCGAGUGCAGUGUGGGCGCGGCCUGGCUCGCCGAGACGACCUCCGUGGCCGUCGCGAUUGCCGGGGCAAACAGCGCGCGCGAGUCGCCGCGCCGCAUCGGCGCCCGGGCGGCCCCGGACCUGCCCCCCGCCAGCACUGCUGCGAGCGCCGUCGGCGCGUUGGACAGGGGCUGGUCGGCGUUGACGCUGUUGAGCCGGCGCCGCCGCCCGUACUGCCUGUCGAGCGACCGCAUCGCGCGCAUUGUGUCCUCGCUUUGGCGCCGGCUGGCGCGCCGCCGACGCGACCCGCCCCCGCUCUCGCCGAGUGCUUCCGUGUCGAAUGGCUCGGCGCUGUCCAAGGGGCUGGCCUCUUGGAUGUUGCCCAUGGCGCUUGUGCCUGUGCCUGUGCCUGUGCUCGUGCUUGUGCCUGUGCUUGUGCCUGUGCCUGUGCCUGUGCCUGUGCCUGUGCCUGUGCCUGUGCCUGUGCCUGUGCCUGUGCCUGUGCCUGUGCCUGUGCCUGUGCCUGUGCCUGUGCUGGUGCUGGUGCUGGUGCUGGUGCUGGUGCUGGUGCUGAGCAGGGCCUUGGGUGCCUGUGGGGGGCUGCUGAGCCCGAGGGACGAGCGGCUGCCCGGCGUGGGCGUUGUCGGCGCCGCCGGCUGUACUGAAUGGCCUGCGCUGCUCAUGCUUUGGCCUGCUGUCAUUAUGUAGUCUAUUACGAAUUUAACUGAAAAGAGUAGAGAGAAAGCGUGGAAUUAAAUGUAUGUAAAUUUGAAGAAUUGAAAAACAAAGGAAUUUAAAAGUCAGAGAAAGAAAGAAAAAAAAAGCAUACCCUAUUUUAUUUUUCUUAAAAAAAAGAAAAAAAAAGAAAAAAAAACCGUUUUGUUGUUGUUAUUUGGUUGGUCCUUUUUCUUAUUCUUUUUUCCAAUUUCUUUUUGGCGCCCUAUGAAAGAGAUGGGAGGGGGGGAAAUAUCAGUGGCGAGGGGGGAUGGAUGAAUGGAUGAAUGGAUGAAUGGAUGAAUGGAUGAUGGCCAAAAAGUGCUUUUUUUUUAGAAGAUAAAUAAACAAUUUUCUAAUUUCCC